CACUUUGACGUGGGGCUGUCAUCGAAAAUCGGACACGAAUAGCAGGGUCGACGCGGCAUAAACCGAUUGCAACUCACUUAAGUGGAAAUUUUUGAUCGAAACGGAGAAUACGCACAAUACUUGAAACGAUAUGGACAAGGUUGUUAAAUUCGCCGAGCCCGGACGAGCCUUUGCCAAGGACUCGAUCCGCUUGGUCAAGCGCUGCACCAAGCCCGACCGCAAGGAGUUCCAGAAGAUUGCCAUCGCCACCGCCAUUGGUUUCUGCAUCAUGGGCUUUAUCGGUUUCUUCGUAAAGCUGAUACAUAUUCCUAUCAACAACAUCAUCGUGGGCUCCUAAGUGCAGACGGGAUGGAAAAGAAUCCAAAAUUUGGGAUAUAAACAAUUUUAAAUCAUCCAUUAUAGCAUAUGACAGAUAAAUUUUUUUCUUUAGUUAACAUGCAUAAUAUAUAUAGAAUAGAGAAACUAUGUGCAUUCAACGAAUGUCUUUCUUACAGAAUUUUCAUGUGCAUAUGUGAAAAUGUAUUGUAAAUUUUCAAAAUUCCAUUCAUAACUCUAUAUUGAAGUGCAUGAACAAGUUAGUUAAUAAGAGCCAAUUGUAAAAAUGGUAAUCGACCUGCGUUUAUAGCAAUUGUUCGGCGGUGUGCCCUCGUCAAUAAAUGUUAUUCCGAUUUUCCAUAUAA